UAUACUUGCGACCAUCUUUCAACAUUGAUUCCGUGAUCUUCUUGGUUUUAAAAUCACAACAAGGCCAUCAGCAUGACUGAUUGUGUUGAUGUCCAAAAUAAACCAACUGAAACAGUUGAAGACUCGAUGGCCAUCUGUCCUCCAGAUUCUGAGCAGUUAGAACAGAACAUUGAAGAAAAGACUACAUUGAUUGAAGUGAAAUGUGAACAACCUGAGUAUGAUGAACAUACGGAAGAGUCCCUAAAUACAGUCACUGUGUACCAGCCGGAUGUCUGGCAACAAAAGGUUACGCCACCUCCAAGAGCAGCCAAGAGGAAAGCAAGAGACAAAUGCAAAAAGAUAGCUGUAGAUGAUUCAGGUAUAGAUGUCUCUGAUCGUACUUUCAGUGUGCGUUCAACAUGUAGAAGAAAGCAUAAAACAUACUAUUGUGAACAUUGUACAUAUGCAAUUGGAAAACAUGAUCUCAUGCAAAGUCAUUAUAGAACGGAACACCCAAAAUUGGCCAAAAUGCACAAAUGUACAUAUAAGGGAUGUGAUUAUUCAUGUAACUGUCGCAAGUCCAUCCAAGCUCAUAUAUUAGCUAUACAUAAGAACGUCAAGUUCAGGUGUACACACCCUGAUUGUACAUUUGAGACAAACAGCAGAACUAAACUGAGGUAUCAUACCAAAUCUCAACAUUUAGCUGUGGAGGAAUUUAAACCUUGGAAGUGUGAUGAAUGCGAGUUAAGAUUUUGCCAUGUUUAUGAUUUGAAUAGACAUCAUUAUGUACGCCACAUGCCGGAGAAGCCAUACUCCUGCGAUGAAAAAGACUGCAAUUACAAAUGUAAAUCAACUUGGGAAUUGAAAAGUCACAAGUCACAAAGUCACAGUGAUAUUAGACCAUAUAAGUGUGGACAAUGCGGAUUACGUACCAAGGUUCUUUCAGAUCUUCGAAAACACAUGAUAAGACAUUUGAAUGUUCGAGAACACCAAUGUGGUAUUUGUGAUAAGAAAUUUAUUUGUGCAGCAGAUGCUAAACGACAUAGGGAUGAUAUACAUAGUGAUUUACAAAUAAAAUGUGAAUACUGCCCCUAUAUUGCCAAAUCAAGAGCCAAAUUUAGAAAACAUUUAGAAAAACAUGGUUCAAGGUGGUUCAGUUGUGCUCACUGUUCUCAGAAGUAUCAUUCAAAAUCUUCUCUCAAACAGCACAUAAGAACACAUGAUCCGGAUCGUCCCUUUCCUUGUCCCAUCUGCGAGGAAUACGUAGCAACUUCUGUAUUCACAUUAGUUGUUCACAUUGGAAAACUUCAUAAAGAUUAUCGGUACCUGUAUGAGUGCAUUGUCUGUAGGAGAUCUUAUAACAAAAGUUGCCAACUGAGGCAACAUUUUGAAACUGAUUUACACAAGAUGACUAAAGCAGCUGAUCCCGCACUAAAGGAUGAACCAGAUGAUCUGUAUAAAGGACUCAUGGAAAAGCUUUACUCAGUCAAUGGAGUAAAGAAAACUACUAAGAAAAAAGAGAAAUACAAAUGGGCAGACAACUUAAAGGGCCCUCGUCCCAAAAUCAGUCCUAAGUCAAAUGAUUUAGUCAAUGGUACAUCCAAGGCGAUACCUAAGAAACCUCCCAGCCGCAAGAGGAAAACAUGUGAGAAGGCUACAAAAUCCAGAAAAGGAAAUACUCGCAAUAAAAAGAGAAAGGGACAAAUGUCUAAUGAAAAAAAAGAUUCUCAUGUAGGAACUGUUAAGGAAGAAUGUGAAGAUACACCUAUACAUGAUGAAAGCAAAAGAAAGCGGAAAUCCAAUAACUGUUAUGCAACUGCAACUGAGAGCACUUGUGAAAAUACUGAUCAAAUGGA